AUGGCGGCCUGCAGGCAGUGCUGCUUGAACCUAUGGCUCCGACCGCUGGGCUGCGGCCCCCUCCGCCCCCUCGGCCGGCCCGGGCGGGAUCGGGCACUCAGCUAUUUGCAGGUGCGAGCGCUGUGGAGUGGCACCGGGUCCAGGGCGGUGACUGUGGACCUGGGACACAGAAAAUUAGAAAUAUCCUCUGGGAAACUGGCAAGAUUUGCUGAUGGCUGUGCUGUGGUACAGUCAGGUGAUACUGCAGUAAUGGUCACAGCAGUCAGCAAAACAAAACCUUCACCUUCCCAGUUCAUGCCACUGGUGGUGGACUACAGACAGAAGGCCGCUGCAGCAGGUAGAAUCCCCACAAACUACCUUAGAAGAGAGAUUGGCUCUUCUGACAAAGAGAUUCUUACAAGUCGAGUAAUAGAUCGUUCAAUUCGACCUCUCUUUCCAGCUGGCUAUUUUUAUGAUACCCAGGUUCUCUGCAAUCUGCUAGCAGUCGAUGGCAUCAAUGACCCUGAUGUCCUAGCAGUUAAUGGUGCUUCUGUAGCCCUCUCCUUAUCAGAUAUCCCUUGGAAUGGACCUGUUGGAGCAGUACGAAUAGGAAUGAUCGAUGGAGAAUGUGUCGUUAACCCAACAAGGAAAGAAAUGUCUUCUAGCACUUUAAAUUUAGUAGUUGCAGGAGCACCUAAAAGCCAAAUUGUUAUGUUGGAAGCCUCUGCAGAAAACAUUCUACAACAGGAUUUUUGCCAUGCAAUCAAAGUUGGGGUGAAGUAUACACAGCAGAUAAUUCAGGGCAUCCAGCAGUUGGUAAAAGAAAUCGGUGUUGCCAAGAGGACACCCCAGAAGAUAUUCACUCCUUCUGCGGAGAUUGUGAAAUACGUGCAUACAAUUGCCAUGGAGAAACUCUAUGCAGUUUUUACAGAUUAUGAACAUGAUAAAGUUUCCAGGGAUGAAGCUGUUAAUAAGAUAAGAUUAGAUACAGAGGAACAUCUAAAGGAAAAAUUUCCAGAGGCUGACCAAUUUGAAAUAAUAGAAUCCUUCAACGUUGUUGCGAAGGAGGUUUUCAGAAGCAUUAUUUUGAAUGAAUACAAAAGGUGUGAUGGACGAGAUCUGACUUCACUUAGGAAUAUAAGUUGUGAGGUAGAUAUGUUUAGAACACUUCAUGGAUCAGCACUGUUUCAGAGAGGACAAACACAGGUGCUCUGUACUGUUACAUUUGAUUCAUUAGAAUCCAGUAUUAAGUCAGACCAAAUUAUAACAGCUAUAAAUGGGGUAAAAGAUAAAAAUUUCAUGCUGCACUAUGAGUUUCCUCCUUACGCAACCAAUGAAACUGGCAAAGUUACUGGUGUAAAUCGAAGAGAACUUGGACAUGGUGCUCUUGCUGAGAAAGCAUUGUGUCCUGUUAUUCCCAAAGAUUUUCCUUUUACCAUAAGAGUUACAUCUGAAGUCCUAGAAUCAAAUGGGUCAUCUUCUAUGGCAUCUGCAUGUGGUGGAAGUUUGGCAUUAAUGGAUGCAGGAGUCCCAAUUUCAUCUGCUGUUGCAGGUGUAGCAGUGGGAUUGGUUACCAAAACCAAUCCAGAGAAAGGUGAAAUAGAAGACUAUCGUUUGCUAACAGAUAUUCUGGGAAUUGAAGAUUACAAUGGUGACAUGGACUUCAAAUUAGCCGGUACAAACAAAGGAAUAACUGCAUUACAGGCUGAUAUUAAGUUACCUGGAGUACCAAUUAAAAUUAUAAUGGAAGCCAUCCAACAAGCAUCAGUGGCAAAGAAGGAGAUACUGCAGACAAUGAGCAAAACGAUUUCAAAACCUCGAGCAUCUAGAAAAGAAAAUGGACCAGUUGUAGAAACAAUAAAGGUUCCACUAUCAAAACGAGCAAAAUUCAUUGGGCCUGGUGGAUAUAACUUAAAAAAACUCCAGGCUGAGACAGGUGUAACAAUUAGUCAGGUUGAUGAAGAAACCUUCUCCAUAUUUGCACCAACACCUACUGCAAUGCAUGAGGCAAGAGACUUCAUUACAGAAAUUUGCAGAGAUGAUCAAGAGCAACAAUUAGAAUUUGGAGCAGUUUAUACCGCUACAAUAACUGAAAUCAGAGACACUGGAGUGAUGGUAAAACUGUAUCCAAACAUGACUGCAGUGCUACUUCAUAAUUCACAACUUGACCAACGAAAGAUUAAACAUCCCACUGCCCUAGGAUUAGAGGUUGGCCAAGAAAUUCAGGUCAAAUACUUUGGCCGUGAUCCAGCUGAUGGAAGAAUGAGGCUUUCUCGUAAAGUUCUUCAGUCUCCAGCUACAACUGUUCUCAAAACAUUAAAUGAUAGAAGCAGCAUUGUAAUGGGAGAGCCUAUUUCACAGUCAUCAUCCAGUUCUUCCCCUUAACUCCUUUUUGAAAUGGUAUGCUAAACUGCUAACAAUUUGGAAAAACCAAAGCCAGUUCUUGGAACUCCAGGGGAGUGCCACAGAAUUAAACGGACGGCUCACUAACACCAACAAUAGAAGCACCAUCACUUCUGCUUAAAUCAGGAGCCUACCACUCGUGCCAGAGCGUCCGCUCAUCUUUAUUUAAAUCAUGAAAGUUUUUCACAAUUUCUAAGUAUUUAAUCUGGGACUAUCAUAUGCCAAGAACUAAUUUAUAGUCCUUGCAAGUUGCUCCUUUAUGACCUUUAUUUUGACAUAUCAUAAAUUAGUGUUCAAUUUUUCUUUACAUUUAUUUAUUUUGUGCACUUACAAACUACUGUGCAUGUAUAGGAAUCAGAAUAACUUGGGAGGUGGUUUUCUCCUUCCACUUUGUGGGUUCUAAGAAACAAAUUCAGGUCAUCAAGCUUACAAUAAGCACUUUAACCUGCUGAGUCAUCUUCCU